AUGAUACCAUUAUUGUGCCUUAACUACAUCGAAGCGGCUCGAGACGUUAAAGUCCGUCUUGAAGACGUAAAAACGAUUACUUUAUAUCGGGGGGAGCUAACAGCAGGGCAAAGGAAUAAUCCAAUUGAGCAAUUGCGUUGUGUCGGAGGCGAUGCAUGUCAUAUGUAUACGCCAGAUGUAAUACAAUGCACCAACACAGGCUCCGAUGGAUUAGAUGUGAAUUGGCGAUGUAAUGCUGAACUUCCUGACUAUUUGAAAUUUGGACCUGUAUGUUUUAUUAUAAGUGAAACUUCUCUAAAAGUACCCCAUACGAACGCGUAG